CGGAGUGAGUGCUUUACCGCAGUAUCACUAGAUUUCUGCACCACUCAUCAAAACUCUGCGGCAUGCAGACAAGAGCUGGGGGGGAGGGCAUAUAGGCUACUAGGUCUGUGCUGGAGAGUAGGACCGCUACCUCUUACUAUAACUAUCCAUCUUUCUGUUAUCAGAUAGGCUGGGGUUUUACUUUAGUGUGCAUUCAUUUGUGCGUCUGAGCGCUUAGACCUGAGUAAUUGCCUCUCUUCUUCCACCAGCCGCGGUGGUACAGUAGCAUAUCUCUCCCUCUCCGUCUCUCUCUGCUGUCUGCCUAUUUGUUCCUACCCGGCUCUGACUGCAUUACUUUCAUUAGAGCUUUGGUUGUCCAAACUUUUAUGACAAAAUGGCAAAGGAUGGAGAAAAAAGCGGGUGGAAGGAAUUUAUAUGGAACCCGAGGACGAGGGAGUUUCUGGGCAGGACGGCGAGCAGCUGGGGUCUUAUUCUUCUCUUCUAUGUAAUUUUCUACAUCUUCCUGGCCGGCUUGUUUGCACUCACCAUGUAUGUCAUGCUGCAGACCUUGGACGACCAUAAACCCACCUGGCAAGACAGGCUCGCUACACCAGGCAUGGUGAUUAGACCCAAAGCAGAUGAGACCUAUGAGAUUGUCUAUAAGAUCCAGAACACCGAGAGCUGGGACAUGUAUGCUCAGGCCCUGGACAGGUUCCUGGCACCCUACAACGACAGCGUCCAGGCCCAGAAAAAUGACGAGUGCGUCCCAGACCGGUACUUCCUGCAGGAGGACAGCGGUGAUGUGAAGAACAACCCGAAGCGCUCCUGUCAGUUCAACCGCACCAUUCUGGAGGACUGCUCUGGACUUACUGACCGUUACUAUGGAUACCAGGACGGCAGGCCAUGCAUCAUCAUCAAGCUGAAUCGGGUGAUUGGGAUGCUGCCAGGAAAGGACGGACAGGCUCCGUAUGUCACCUGUGGUGCAAAGAAAGAAGACUCUGACAAAAUUGGAGAAUUGAUGUACUUCCCUCCGAAUGGCACUUUCAACCUUAUGUACUACCCUUACUAUGGCAAGAAAGCUCAGGUGAACUACUCUCAGCCUUUGGUUGCCGUCAAGUUCCUUAACAUUACUGCCAAUCAAGAUGUCAACAUCGAGUGCAAGAUCAACGCCAACAACAUUCCCCAAGGAAGUGAAAGAGACAAGUUUGCCGGAAGAGUGUCUUUCAAGCUGAGGAUCAACACUAUUAACUAGGUUGACCUUUCUCCUCUCCUGAAAACUACUUUCUUCAUUCUCUGCGACAUUGCACAUACACAGAAACAAAUCUCAGUAUUCACACCCUUCGUAGGAUUUGUUUACAACCCCCACAUUGUGGGGACAUUGUUUGUCCAGUUGUGUGAUGAGAUGGGGCAAGAAUAAAAGGGUGGCAAUCCUGUCAUUAUUUCUGUCUGUGAGCUAUGGGACAAAUUCUUUUCUGUAAAUUAGUUUGAGGUGACGUCUAUUUAUACUGCAUGACAAAUCUAGGGGAUGUAAAGGACGUGAACAUGUGUUUUCAGAGUUUGCAAGGAUCAGCAACAUUAACACUUUACUGCUGCUCCCCUCCUGCUGCCUCCUUAUAGAGUAUCCCUCUAUAUAUGAAUAUACACAAAUUACAAUACAAAAUGUGUAUAUCUACAGUAUUUAUACGGUAUCAUAACCUUAUAUCAAUACGUCUAUUUCGUUGCACCUAAAAGAAUAAUCCAACAGACUUGUGUAUAUCUCGACGGAUGGAUGCAGAGAUGAAGCCAUUUUGCAUGUGUGUAUCGUCUUUCGUGUGCUAUGAUGGCAGGAGGCCCCUGUGUCCCACCUCUCUGCUAAGUGUGAAAUAAGGUUAUGUUAAACCACUGACCACCAGGAGGGGCCACACUGUAAAUCUCACACACACACACAGCAAAUGUGUGUGUUUCGAUAACAACAUACAUCUACGAAAAAAUGGGAGUUACAGUAGAGGUUGAAACCUUUAAGAGUGUGUGUGUUUGUGCAUGUGUGUGUGCGUUUUUGCGUGUGUGUUUCAUUCACAGGUCCCAUUUCAUACUGUAGGUCGGGAAAUUGCAUGCAAUGUGCAAUAUUCAUUAAGUGGCAUACAUUAUGAAUGCCUGAUACCAUUCUCCAGAUGAGAAAGCUUCCAUUAAAUGAUAAUUAUUUUGGAUCAUUUGAUAUUCACACUGGUUGUUUGACCUGAGAGCAGCCUAGUUAACACAUGUGUGUCAUGUUUAGGUUGCUAAGGAUGCUCAUAUCAACACCACUGAUCUGAAAUGAAGUACAAAAGGAGACAUCUGUCAUGUUUCAGGCAUCUUACGGCAUCACUUUAGUUUGACAGAAACCAAAACUCCCAGUCAGCUCCCAACCAACCAUCUGAAUAUCAAAUGAGAACAGAAACACUGAUCCUCCUGCUGCGCCAUCGCGUUGCGCUCCCUGUCACUGUGUCUGUCAUUUUAUUCCUAUAAACCAAGAGCCAUUUUCUUGUGUCCCGAUUUUUAACCAUUUUAUUUAGACGGUUUUAUUUUUUUUUCUUUUUGCGUGUGUUGCAUCUAUUUCAUUUGUAUCAGAAAUAGAUGCCAUUGUCAUAUUUUGUAUUGAUUUGCACUGGAAGUGUGCUUUGAAUAUAUUUAUGUACAGUUGUGGUGGAGUUUUGGAGGAUGUUGAAAGUUUGUGUUUGUUCCCUUUCUUUCAUUCAUGUCCAUUAUCAUCCUCUAAAAUAUUCAUCCAGGAUAUCAAAAUGAGUAGUUUGCAAAAUCGUAACUAGAGUCUUGAAUUUGUGAGUUGGUAGUUUUGUUUUAUAAUUUGUAGGAACAGAACAAAACUGCAGAUUUGCUUCUUUGACCAAAUAGAAGAAAGGGAAUUUUUGUUUUCAUUGAAUUUGUUGUUUUCCUGUAGUAUUCUCCACUGCUGUAUGAAUCAGUCUGAAGGCAAAGCCAUUACGAUAACUAGACAACCAGUUUGAACAACCAACCUGUUACAAAAUUAUAGAUUAGGCCUGAGUUUGGUGCUGUUUACUUAACGUGCAUUCACUGUGCAGUAAAGGCACACAGAGUUGUGAGAAACACCUGUAAGUAUUGGCUGGAGAAAUCUGUGGAGUCACACUUGUUAAACUCAGGCAUUCUACUUUGGCAUGGUGACAAAACUGUACCAAUGCGACUGUGAUUCUGCCAUGUCAUUGCAGCAAAUGUGGAACACAAGCAUCUGUUUGCUCACAUUAAGGUCUGGCUCGACUCCACCACUUAAUAUCUCUCAGAGCCAUGUGCUUCUCUCACAAAUAUCGACCUCAUUAUCUGAUCCAGACUUGACAAAGGAAGACAAUUAGAUGUAACGUGAUUAUCUGAUCUAUAUCUGGAGGGUUAUUCAUAAUGAAAGAUGUACUCCACCAGUUAUCUGACGCUCCUUUUUUCUGCUUUUUAUGACCAACCACUGAGAAGUUCACAUGCAUUUCUCCUCUGGCAUUUCUGCAACACUUACUUAAUUUCUCUGUAAUCUCUUAAUCUGGUCAGAUAAUCCAGAGCAGGCAUGCUCAACUUCUUUACCCUACUUUGUCACUCCUCCUCCUCCUCCUCCUCCUCCUUCUUGAAUCACUGUCUUCAAAACUGCUAGAACAAAGCUCAUUUUUUCCACUGCAUUCAAUCCUAUUUUACCCCAGUCAUCCUUAAAUUGAUCAAACUCUUUUUAAAUCACACUCGGCAAAUAAAAUGUUUUGCUUCAUCACCUAAUUGGACAUUCUUUUUUUUUCUCAUGUGCAUGUGAAGAUAAGUUCUUCAACCAAAGAUCUUCAUGACAGUUUCAAUUUGAUUUACUUGUGCUGCACUGACACAUCCUCAGCAGAGACAAUGUAGGAUCCAGGUGGAGGGUUAAGCACCCCGUCUUAUUAAAAGGCCUACUCUUAUAUAAUAAUAAUAAUAAUAAUGAUAAUAAUGCGCACAAAAGGAACGUGUUUCACUACAACAUAACAGUGCCUCCUGGUGGACAGACAGUGUUGUUCCCCAGUGUCACAGAAUGUCAUUUGCUGUUACCUCCAUUUAUCUGUUUUUUUGCUCAUGUGAUAAUAUGGAGAUGUCCUCAAAAAGCAAUAUAUUUAUUUCUUAUGUGGCUGAUAAUGUAAUGAUUAAAAAGGCGGUUAAAAAAUCUGCCUGUCAUCAAGAGUAAGGAGGAAAUAGGAAAGAACGUACAGAUUUUGCAGUCAGGCAGUUUUGCCAGCGUGCAUUAUCAUGAUGGAAUAAUAUAAAAAGUAUUGUUUUAUUCAGAAAAGAGUAUUUUUAUUGCUAUUUUGUUGUAAAGAGGAGAGAAGCUAGCUUGGAUUUUAUCGUGCUGUGGGAGCUAUCGGGUAGGUUUUCAGCAUUUAAUUCAACAGAUGGCAAAAUGUUAACAGCUUGGUUGGAGAAGUUUCUUGUUUUUUUUUAAUGUAGAAACAUGUUUUGUCAUGAAUCCUUUCUACUUUCUUAACUCAGUGAAAGUUCUCUGAACGCUGGGGUCCCUUGUAUCAGAAUGAAGACAUUAGAAGUCAUUAGCAGUAUGUUGGUAGUGAAUACAUCAGAGAGCGCUUUCAGAGAACUUUCAAGUGCAAAACCUUCAGAAACCUUUUAGAACAAAACUGCAACAUGGUCCAACGCAAGCAUCAGAGAGCGUCAACUGUUCAUGUCUCAAAUACAGAAUAAUGUUAACAAACCUUGUUACUCCCACCCUAACCCCCUCGUCUUAAAUCGUACUAUUGCCUAAGACUGUGGUGCAAGGAUAGGUCAAGAGAGAAAUCCAUGAAAUUCGUUGAGAUACUCUCGCCCCAAAAGGAUGAUAA